UAACCGGAUGCCGGUACCAUCGGAGGUAUAAUCAUAACGAAAUUAUUUGAUCUUGGUGCAAUCGGAUACGAAUCACACGUCCUCACAGUUAGUAAGUAGUGUUCAUCUCUACGGAAAUUUGAUGAUGAGAGUAAAUGAUUUGUGAUUAAUUGAGGGGCGUUAUAAACAAUGUUGUUUCGAGUUUCAUUAUUUUGGAAUAACCAAUAUGAUCAUUACACUUACGCGAGACUUUACGAGAUGUGUUUGAAAGUUUUUCUCUUUUGGGCUUUGGUUGCUGGUGCAUAUGCAUCCGUUAUUGAUGAUGAUGAAUGCAAAAUUACAAGAAAAGAUCUUCCAGAACAGAAACUCAGGGAUCACCUCUUUUGCGAUUAUUCAGGAUAUGAUUUGCGUCCUGUCAAAAAUCAUAACAUCAGCACCAACUUGACUGUUAAGAUGAUAAUGAAAUAUUUCAGUUAUGACGAAACGACAGCAACAUUAUCAGUGGACACCUGGAUGGCACUAUUUUGGAAGGAUGAACAUUUGAAAUGGGAACCAAAGGAUUUUGAUGGAAUAAAACAAAUACAUAUAAAGAACGAUGAAAUGUGGGUGCCUGAUUUAUCACUCUAUAACAAAGCUGAUCAGAGCGGAGAUUCUGCAAUAAUUGAUGAAAUAACUUGCAUUCUUGACUACAAAGGUUCGGUGGCAUGCGUACCAACUGCGAGACAUGAGGCUUUAUGCAUACCUGACCUUUCGAAGUUUCCUUACGAUAGCCAAACAUGCUCACUUCGAUUUGGCUCAUGGAUACACACUGGAGAAGAGUUGAAUCUUUUACUUGCAAAGCCAGCUUUUACUAUGGAAGAUAUUCAACAGAACGGAAACUGGGAAUUAGCUUCCAUUAGCGCAAAGAAAUCUGAUGGAAAAUACAAAUGCUGUCCGAACAACACUUUUCCCUCACUGGAAUACACUCUGGUUAUUGACCGAAUUUCUCCUAACCAUGCCUCCACAGUCAUCAUUCCAGCAGUAGUACUCCUAGUAAUGUCUCUCACAUCGCUUUGGAUUCCACCCGUUAAACAAGAAAGAAUGAAUCUUUGUUUCGUCAACUUAAUUUCUCAUUUUCUACACCUACAGUACGUUUCUUGGAUGAUCCCAACCCAUGGAAAGACCGUACCAUAUUUAGUUUCAUAUGCAAGGGAUUCCCUUCUAUUAUGUUGCUUCACCAUAGUGCUAACUGUUAUUCUGAAAAAUCUUAUUGAAGGAAAUCCGAAAGCACCAGGUUGGGUUUCUUCAGUAGUUUCAUUUCUCACUGGAUGUAAAGCUGGAGAGAUCAUUCUGUUGAAUGACUAUUCUCUCAAGGGUAUUUCUCCUUUGAAGAGUCAAGAAGAUGAAAUAAACAUCAUCAACAAUACAAACACUUCUACUGAAAAUAAAGAUUGGCUGGUUUUAGCAAAGGUUUUAGAUAGAAUUUGUUUCUUAAUUUAUUGUCUGAUUUAUUUGAUAAUGUUCAUCACAUUUUUGCCAUGAAUUUCGGAGGACCCUCAUCAUGCAACACCUGCCAUUUGAAAAUUUAAAUUAUAGGUAGAGAAAUAGGUACAGUAUGUCAUGGAAUAUAUUGUAAUAUAUGUUAAUAAAAGAUUUUGUUAAU